UCAGUCGCAUCGUGACUUCUGAGAGUGAUGGUUUGUUCUAGAUGGCAACGCGUGAUUUUGUGCUAAAUGUUAAAAAGAGUGUUCAGUGUGUGUGAUUAUUGAAAAAUUAAAGCAAUUUAAAGAAAAAAAUAAAAAGCAAGAAGUGAUUAAAAUAAAGUGUAAAAUUAAAAUUUUGAAUCACUUAAGAAAAUAUUAAUAAUUUGCCAGAAAUUUAAAAUAAUAACAACAAAUUAAGCAACAUGUUUUAAACAAAUAUAAUUGUUGUUUUUAUGUGUUUUUGUUUGUUAUAAAUAAAAAUUCUUAAAUACCAGAAGAAAAAGAAAAAAAAUUGAAAUUGAAAGAAAAUUUAUAAAAGAAAUCACAAAAAUAUAUAUUAAUCUCUGUCUCUGAGAGCAAAACGGCAGAGCAGCAGCUGUGUGUGUGAGUGAGUGUGUGCGUUAAAGAGAUGCUAAUAACAUCGUCGUUACGGCCGCGUUCGCAGUCGGCGUCGAAAAUGCCGGUUUUGUCUUUGCGUAAUGUUGCCAUCACGUUUUCUAUGUCAAGUGUUGUAAAUUGCAAAAUGUUGUUUAUUUACAUUGUGUUUAUUUUGUCAAAUUGUAUGAGUUGGAGUGCCACGGGUGGUGGCGGUGCUAGUGUUUUAGCCUCUAGUAUAAGUGAGCCCAAGGCAAAGAGUGCUUUUCUACAUGCCGGUGAUAUAACAGAAACGCAUAAAUUGUCGGCUUCAUCUUCUUCUACUCCAACUAUUACUACUACGCCAGCAACUGCAGCAUUAGCUUCAAAUUCAGCUGCCACAUCUUCCGUUUCCCCUGUGAAACCGGAUUUUGUAUUACCACCCUUGGGCGCUGCUGGUGGGGGUGUUAGUGGCAGUGUAGGUGCUGCAGCAACUGGUAGUGCUAGUUCUCGUUUCAAUGUGGAUUUACGUCGUUCUAGUGUUAGUUCAACUGGUGCUAUACAAUCACCCACCACAUUUAUUGGUAGCAAUGUUGGUUCGUCGGCUGCUGUAGGUGGUCAUAAUCAUCAUCAAAUACGUCGCAAACCACAGCAGUUGUCAGCUUCCUCAUCAUCAUCAUCUUUAUCAGCAACUAAAUCAGCAUUUGAUGAAAAAAGUAAGUUUUUGUUAAUUUUCUUUUUUGUCUUUCUUUGCUCUAGCCAAUGAAACUUUAAGUUUUAU